AUGGCGCUGCGGUGCCUCUGGCUGCUGCCGCUGCUGCUGCUGCUCUCGCCGGAGUCCCUGGACCUGCCGCCCGGCGCCCACGGCGCCCGCGGCCGCGCCGCCAACCGGACCCUGAGCGCCGGCGCCGCUGCCGUCGGGGGUCGGCGGCCCGGAGGCGCCCUGGCCCGGGGCGGCCGCGAGCUGAACGGCACCGCCCGGGCGCCCGGCGGCCCGGAGGCGGGGAGCCGGCGGGGACAGCCCGCGGCGGCGGUGGCGGCGGCGGUGGCGGCCGUCACCUACGAGACGUGCUGGGGCUACUACGACGUGAGCGGCCAGUACGACAAGGAGUUCGUGUGCAACAACAGCGAGAGCGGCUACCUGUACUGCUGCGGCACCUGCUACUACCGCUUCUGCUGCAAGAAGCGCCACGAGAAGCUGGACCAGGGCCAGUGCAACAACUACGAGAGCCCGGUGUGGGUGCAGACGCCCAGUACCAAGGUGGUGUCGCCGGGGCCCGAGAACAAGUACGACCCCGAGAAGGACAAGACCAACUUCACCGUCUACAUCACCUGCGGGGUGAUCGCUUUCGUCAUCGUGGCCGGCGUCUUCGCCAAGGUCUCCUACGACAAGGCCCACCGCCCUCCGCGGGAGAUGAACAUCCACAGGGCGCUGGCUGACAUCUUAAGGCAACAAGGACCAAUCCCCAUUGCACACUGUGAAAGAGAAACUAUCUCGGCUAUUGAUGCCUCUCCCAAAGAGAACACGCCCGUCAGAUCGUCCUCCAAAAACCACUACACCCCCGUGCGCACAGCCAAGCAGACAGCAGGGCAUUAUGGGAAGGAUGCCUACCGAAGUGGAGGACCCGAUCUCCAUAACUUCAUCUCCUCCGGAUUUGUCACGUUAGGAAGAGGACACACGAAGGAGAAGCCCCGGAUGAACAAUAUCUUGACUUCAGCCACCGAGCCCUAUGACCUGUCCUUCUCCCGCUCCUUCCAGAACUUGGCUCAUCUGCCCCCAUCCUACGAGUCUGCAAUGAAGACCAAUCCCAGCAAGUACUCCUCACUCAAGAGGCUAACGGACAAGGAGGCGGAUGAAUAUUACAUGAGAAGGCGGCACCUGCCGGACCUGGCGGCCCGCGGCACCCUGCCCCUCAACGUCAUCCAGCUGUCCCAGCAGAAGCCGCUGCCGCGGGAGCGCCCGCGCCGGCCCAUCCGGGCCAUGUCCCAAGACAGGGUCCUGUCCCCGCAGCGGGGCCUGGCAGACGAAUUCGGCCUGCCCUACGACCGCAUCCUGUCGGACGAGCAGCUGCUGUCCACUGAGCGCCUGCACUCCCAGGACCCGCUGCUGUCCCCGGAGCGGACGGCCUUCCCCGAGCAGGCGCUGUCGCGGGCCAUCUCGCACACGGACGUCUUUGUGUCCACGCCCGUGCUGGACCGCUACCGCAUGACCAAGAUGCACUCCCAUCCCAGUGCCUCCAGUAACUCCUACGCCACCCUGGGCCAGAGCCAGACGGCCGCCAGGCGCCAGGCCUUCGCCUCCCGCCGGCACAACACGGUGGAGCAGCUGCACUACAUCCCCGGCCACCACACCUGCUACUCGGCCAGCAAGACUGAAGUGACCGUGUGACGGGUGGGGCCGCUGGGCCGGCUGGGCAGGGGACAGGGGGGUCUGGAGCGGAGCUUCUAGCCUUUACACUUCUCCCUUCCCUCGUCCCCUCCGCCAGAAGGUCAGGGGUGCGCUGCCUUUGCCCAGAAAGCCAUAGCCAGGAUGGGGGGGCUCAGUCCUGACGGCCCUAGGAGCCAGCGCAUCUCUGUCCCUCUUCCAGAACGGCCGACCGAAUGGGGAGUGGGGCAAGGGGCUAGGCCGCAGCCUCACGUCCCCCCACCUUGCCCAGUUCCCUUUCAGUUCUCUCACCUGCGCCCCUCUCCCCCUCCUGGGGACUCAGCUGCCGAGAGACGGGGUCCCCAAGCUGCCUGGGUUGGAACUGGCUGGUGGGGCAGUCGGUGGGCUGACCAAAUAGGCUACUGGGUCUCGUUCAUUUACCUAGAACCGCAUCACAGAAUCUUCUAGUGCCUAAAAACAAAAACAAAAACUGCCUGCGCGCUGUCUCCGAGCCAGGGCGCUGCGUGUCCAUAAGCACAAUAGCGAUUUUUCUCUGCCUGCUGGGACUCUCUGGGCCCCACUGAGUGUCCCCUUCUUUUGCUGACCCCUGUGGGCCCCAGCUUGGCCCCGUCCCCCUCCCCAAAGCCUGGGGAUGGGGAGGGGACCCUCCUUCAGCUGCCUCCUUACUGCUGGGCAAGCCGCUGGUCCCAGCUGGCUGCCCAGCCCCCAGUGCCCCUCAGGCCCCUUCCGCUGAGAGAGACUUGGCUCCUUCCCCAGGUCUAGAUGUAUCUCCCUGCUGAGUUUGGGGGAGACUUUAGCUCCAGCCCUCCCAGAGGAGAGUCUAGGUGAGGUGCAGCAGCUUUUGGGGUGCCCUUCCCAGCAACCUGACAAUGUCCACACUUUCUCCGGGCCUCUGGGUCUGAACCCGGACCCUCCAGUCAGACCUGCCUCGUCUGCCCCUGCUCUGCCCAUGGCCAGAAAGCCCAGGAUGGGGGGCCAUUGUGAUGUCCCGGGUCUCGGGGCUCUCUACUCCCUCCACCCAGGGCUCCUGCCUGUCUCCCAGCACCCACAUCAGGCAGGAUGGAGGUAGAGGCUUCUAGAGACUGGCUGCUCUGCUCCCAAACAAAGAGAACCCUGCCCUGCACCCAGCCAGCUCCUCAUUCCAUCACUGCCCCCCUGCUUGCCCCCUGCUUGAUUCCUUCUCCCUUCUUCAAUUAGACUGAUAUCUAUCUAUUUCUCUAUCUACCUCUCUCUCUAUCUCUCUCUCUCUCUCUCCUGUUUCCCCUUCCCCACCUCCCCAUCCUCCUGCAGCUCCAUUACUCUUACAACUACUUCUUCAGAACAGGCCUCUUCUGAAUCAAAUUGAUAACGACCCCUUAGCAAAAGCAAAUAAGGAUACUGGAGGCCACUGGUCUGGGGCCCACCCGGCAGCUUCCCACCACAGGGGCAGUUGGGCAUCAGGCACACCCACAUUUUCACCUGCAGGAGGCCCCACCACCAGCCCGUCAGACCCACAUCUCUGCCUGCAGCCCGGGGGUGGGCAGACCUCCUGGGGAGCUGAAGGGCUCCGGGCAGAGCAGGGUCUACUCCUCCAAGCAGAGGCUGGAAGGGAAAGAAGGGGAUCCCCCAUCUCAGGGCCAGGGUGCCUCCCUGCUGCAGCCUGAGGCUGGGGGAAAUCAGCUCCAGACCAUUGGAUAAAAGCAUGAUAAUUAAAAAGGUGAGUGACUGUCACCAGAGUCAGGCCCCAAAAAUGAGGUCCUUAAACUGAGGUUUUUUAGAUCUCCACAUGCUGCAUGUACGGCCUUUAAAAGAAAAAGGGUGGUGGGAGAAUUCCUCAGGGGAAGUCCUGGGAAUUUUUAAUCUAACCAAGUCCCUAAACCACGGAGAAAUUAAUCGACUGAUUCCUUUUUGUUGACUUCAAGAAUCCCAAAGCUCUUGUCUCCUCCCUGCUCAGAUUCACAUCCCAGGGUGAGCAGAAAACCAUCACAUAAGUCAUGAGAGGGGUAAACGGUUGGGGGUUCUAAUCCCACUGGGGAGGUGUCGCUGACACAGAAGCUCCCCCUGUUCCCCACAAACACAUAAACCUUCUCAAGGGCCGGACCUCACAGGUUUAUGGGGGUUUGUUCCAGAAGGUGAGGCUAAGGGGAUUGGGCUAGAGAAAAUCAAUCUAAUUACAACAGUUGGUCAUUCCCAGAAACAAAGGUGUGGUUCUGACAGCUGGGUCCCUUGCAACCCAGAGCUCUCCAACCAAGCCCCUUGGCCAGUCGUCUUGGAAGCGCCUGCUGGGGAGAGGAGGGGAAGGAUGUGUGUGAGAACCCCUCCUGCAGGCAUCUCCACAGACACACUCCACCAAACCAGGCACCUUAUCUCCUGCCACCCAGCGUCAGUGAGACAACGUCCCCCAGCCCUCGGGAGGACACCUUUUCCCAUUUCAGUUCUGUCCCUGACAAGGUAUGUUUCUGUCUCAGGGGUUGUCUGAUAGGUUGAUUCUAGAACAUUUCUCAUUCCAGCCUUACCACUCUAUGGUUUAAAACCUCUGGUAUCAGUCAGAUCAGAGAAUUCUACUUGCACCCCUACUUCUUUGAAACGAUUUCUUCUACUUUGCCCUUGGGUCUGGAAAGAAGGAAGGGAGGGAGGGAAGGAAGGGGGGAAGGACAGAAGUAAGAAGGGAGAGAGGAAGGAAGGAGAA